ACUGAUGUCAAACCUGCCAUAGAAACAAAGUUUGUGCGCGUGCUGUUUCAUCGCUACGGUCAGACACGAGAAGUAACAUGAUAUUUUAUUGGGAAAUUUUCUGAAAUUGUCACAGAUAUUUACGUUUUAUAUGGAAAUAACGCUGUGUGAAAAUAUAUUCAUACUUUGGGAAUAGUUAUUUCGUGUUUUUUUGGUGACAUCAACGCAAAACAACGCUGCUUACCUCAGCUGAUACAUGAACUGAUACAGGUACAGAGAUAUGUAAGUCUGUAUGAAAACCCAUCAUGACAUCGAAGACUCUUCCUGUGUUGGAAGUCCUCAUUGUUGCAGUAUUGUGCCUUUAUAAUCACACAAGCGCCACCGAUGACAUCGUCCAUGCCAAGAUAGGUGGCACUGCUAUCUUAACAUGCAUUUUGCCCGACCCUGGCCUGGUCAUCUCAGCCUCCCAGCAUGUCAUUGAGUGGGUACGUCUGGGUUACGACAUCCCCAUCCUCAUCCAAUUCGGGAUUCACGACCCUCGUGUGCAUCCCAACUACGACGGUCGAGUGUCUCUCAUCGGGGGCUCAUCACUGCAGGUGAGGGGGCUUCUCUUGGACGAUGAAGGCUGGUAUGAGUGUCGCGUCCUUCCGCUGGACAAGCCCACAGAUGAGUUUAGAAGCAAUGGACACCAGACUCUGCUUUCAGUCACAGCGCCACCCAUAUUUACCGAAACCCUGCCUUCCGUCGUCGAAGUAUUUUUGGGUAGAUCGGCAAUCUUGAAGUGUGCCACACGCGGAAAUCCGCAACCCAUGAUAACCUGGUUUAAAGAUGGAGUCACAAUUAAACCUCAAAGUAAAGUGAAGAUCGUGAAUGGAAGUCUAUCUUUCACUGCUGUAAGCAGAGACUCAAGAGGCCUGUAUCAGUGUCACGUCUCCAAUACAGAAGGAAAUGUAACACACAUCACAGAGCUCAAAGUCAUCGGUCCUCCGGAGAUUAUAAUUCCUCCAUCGGACACGGUUCUCUACAUGAACCAGAAUGCCAAAUUGAAAUGCCAGGCAGAAGCCGACCCACCCAACAUGACCUAUGUGUGGCAACGAAACGGACAAGAUAUUUAUCACAUUGAGUCCCUGAAGUCUCGGGUUAAGGUCAUAGUGGACGGGACCCUCCAAAUAUCACACUUGACUCCAGAGGAUUCUGGGAACUACACUUGUAUGCCUACUAAUGGACUGCCUGUAUCUCCAUCUGCUUCAGCCAUUCUCACUGUGCAACACCCUGCACAGGUGAUGCACAUGCCCAAGCUGACCUACCUCGCCACAGGCAUGAAGGGCGUCAUAUCCUGCCCAUUCAGAUCUGAACCACCGCUAUCACAUGUUGACUGGACCAAGGAUGGAAAGCCAUUGUAUUUAGGCAUGUAUCCUGGAUGGACACUUACAUCGGACGGCUCUAUCGUCAUAGCAACAGCCAAUGAUGAUGCGGCAGGUGUAUACACAUGUACCCCGUUUAACAGCAUCGGGACAAUGGGCAAAUCAGAGCCCACCACUGUUAAGCUUGAAGAUCCUCCAUCAUUUCAAGUCUCACCUCGUAAGGAGUACAUGGAGGACGCGGGCCAGAUGCUUCUUAUUCCCUGUCAGAUGGAUGGUAACCCGGCUCCAAAAGUCACAUGGAGAAAGGUCGGUGGAUCCAGUCGUUCUCAGUUCAGUGUAAAAGCAGAUGGCUCGCUCAUUCUUCAGCCUCUUAUUAAAGACCACCAGGGGGAGUGGGAGUGCAGCUCCAGUAAUCGAGUGGCUACCGUCUCUGUGAGAACCACAGUCUUUGUGCUGGGUACAAGUCCCCAUGCAGUGUCCUCAGUGUCUGUGAUCCCGGGAAUUAACGAGGCCAAUGUGUCCUGGGUGCCUGGCUUUGACGGAGGAUCUAACCAGAAAUUCACUGUCUGGUACAAGCAGAUGUCAGCAGAAAAGAAAGAGGAAAGACAGGAGUGGAUGUUUUUUCCUGUCCUGUCUACUGACAACAGUAUGUUGGUCACUGAUCUACUUCCUGCUACCGAGUAUCAGUUUCGUGUCAUAGCCCAAAACAAAGCAGGCAGUGGGCCUUACAGUGAGAUCACCACCAUCAAAACUUUGGAAACAUCUCCUGUCGUGACCGAGCUUGAACCACCGACAAGUCUCUUAGUUAAUCAGACUUCAGAAGGAUUUGUUCUGUGGUGGUCAAUGCCCCAGUCUCCGACCAAUGAUGGUUUUGUCGUCCAAUCCCGUUUUGAAGGAAGUGAAUGGCGUAAUCUGAAAGAGGACAUUAGCCCAAACGAGAGGCAGAUCUUUCUUCGGGGGUUAUGUAAGGACUGCAAGUAUGAACUCAGGCUUCUCUCUCAGUACGGAGAUCAGCUAAGCAUGCCCAGUCCAUCAAUCAGUGUCUCCACUGUCGGGAUGGAUCCAGUUAAUUCCCCCAAUCUAGAGUUUCCUAACACGCUGUUGGCAGGUGUCAUGGGUGGUGUGGGACUCCUUUGUAUUGUUCUUCUCCUGACCCUGGCAAUAGUUUGCUUCGUUUUUUACAAAAGAGGCAAAAGGCACAGAGAAAACAAAAAGGAUCUCCCUCCUGCCAAAAAUAAGAAACCACCUACGAACCCUGACAGUACGAUGGAAAAGCUCCUACCAGCUCGUCCACUGUCCAUCACUUCCACCUCUUCUGGUCAUUCCUCCCUUGACAAGUCUACUCACAAUGAUUUCCAUGCCCAGCGACAACAACAACUGCCCCAAGCUAAUCCUCCAUCCCACCACUCAAUUCCCGAGAGCCACCUCCAACGGGCAUCACUUGCCCCCAUGAGCUCUGUGGAGUUUAUCCACAGAGGACCCGAUGGUCGCUUUAAUGUUGAGGAAGAUGUCAGUGUUGCUAGUUCUCAUAUGAAGAGAAACCUAAGCCAAAACUCUCAUCGGUCAUCAGAAGGAAAUAGGAACGUUGGAAUUAAGAAAUCCCAGUCUUUAAGAUCCUACAGGGAUGACAGAAAAAAGCCACCAUUUGUCCUUUCUGUGGAUCUCCCACCUUUUGGAUCAGAUAUUCCUUCUUCCAACAGAACACGAGCUAUGGCUAAACACCUGUCAUUGAAUGGCCAUUACAUGCCCAUUCGGGAACAAGAGUUCUUGGGUGCACCAGACCUGACAAGUCUAUGCUCGGAAACCAGCUCUUUUUUCUACCCUAAUUCAGAAAGUACGUUUGGUCAACAAUCCCUAAAACAAGUCAAAGUGCAUUCUGCAGCCAGUGCCCUGGUUUUGCAGAUGGAGCACGAGAGAGAACAAGGAAACCUGAGUCGCUGUUUAAGUUUGGCACGUGAGAGAGAGGAACUUGAAAGAGAGUUGCGCAGGUACACUGUUAAUCCGAAUCAAUCUAUUCAGGAUGUGUACGGAGAGAUUUAUAAAACCAGAGAAACUUCGACACCUCUGGUUCUCCAUCCAGGCACAAGAAAUAGCUUUUUAUCUGAUAAUACUAGCAUUUUGAAGGGAAGAUCUGCCUCUUGUAUUCCAUGGGAAGAAAGACACAGGCUUUCUUCUGCUAGCUUGGUCCCCCUGCAUACCUUAUAUGAAAAGGAUAACAGAAAUAGACGUAAUCAAUAUGAUUAUCAUACGAUGCAGAGAUCCAGCUACCAUAGAUCCAAAAGUCUUGACAGAGGGGAACGCCAAAAGUCAUAUACAUGGGACCAAAGGCGAAGCAGAACACCUGUUGAUACAAAUUUUAGUAGAGUCAUAGAUGAGUCUGUGGAAAAGGCCAAACCUUAUGCAGGGUAUAGUCAGAAGAACUCAAGGGAAAGUCAACAAUAUUUUGACCAGCACAUAUAUACACCAUUGGAUGAUCAGCAGGAACAGAGAAUGGCUAGAAGCUCCCGACAGAUAAAUCCAGGUGAUGAUUAUUCGGAAGUGAGCGUGGAUGGACCCGAACAUCAGAGCCAGGUGUCAUUAUAUUCAAGGUCCUUGAUAGACCCUGCCCACAGUUAUGAGACUCUGGAUUAUGAAAGACCUAGCUUACCAGAGCUUGAAAAAGUCAGAUCAAAAGAGCAAAAGUUAGAGUUUGGGAAUGUGGGUUCAAGGAGAACCCUGGAAAGGUUGAACAGAACUUUGCCUCCAAAGGAUUUUUCAGGAACUAUGAUUCGGAAGACAAAGAGUCUGGGGUCAAACAAUUUGAAUCGACACCGGAGCACCCAUAGUUUAGACUCCAGGCUACACAAGGAGCAGUUUUUGCCUCCAGAUGCCUGGGUUGACUCGCUGACGCUUGGUCGAGGUUCUACAAUGCCCUCCUUUGGAAGCAGAGCUUUGUCUGUGACAGAUCAACCGAAAAGUAGUCUUAUUUUACAAACAGAUUCACUUGUGAAAUCAGAAUGUCAAUUGCGAAACCACAACCAUCAGUCCUCUAAAUCCCUUGGUGGCCCUACCAAAGACUCUGAGUAUGUUAAAGUGUCAGAACAUAGCAAACAUUCUGCUUUGUCACCAGAGGGUUCUAGCUGGCCCCUGUCUUACUGCCCCUCUCUAACAUCUGGGAGCCGGAGUCAGAGUCAAGAUGAGGAGAGAGAGGACGUGGAUGUAGAAAUAAAUAGCUACAGAAAGAGUUCAGAGACAGAUGGAAGUUAUAGGAGCUAUGCGAGUAGUAAGAGUAGUGGUAGAGGAAGCAUGGAUGCCCCCAACGUCAGGCAGUUCUCUCUCAGCCCGCCUUUUACCAGCUCACCAGAGACCACAGAGGACAGUGACCGGGAUGAAACAGGCCUACAAGAACCUGAAAUGCAAGAAAGAUCUCGGAGAGACUCUGUGGACGAGAGCUACGAGUGGGACUCUGCCUAUAUCCGCAUGCAUCCUGUGGACCCUAAAGCUUCAUUAAGCAAAGCAGUUGUACAAAGAGAAUUCUUUAAACAAGGAAAACAAAGCACUAUUAGGGAUGACUACAGGCCAGAACUAGACCUGAAACAAAAAGGUCUUUCCCCUCCGGCUGGUUUCAAGGAACCCUCUUCACCUUUUGUAGUUCCAAAUAUUCUCUCUUCUCGCCGCGAGCAAGAAUCAGUUCUCGCUCAGAAGAUUCGGGAGAGCUCCACAGCAUUCCCAGAACCAGAGCCUGACACCGUUCUCUUCUGAAUGCAGACGGUAGCUUAUAGGUUGCCUGUGCGUUAUCUUUUCCAGCAGAGAUGUUAGAUUGGACACAGCAUGGUUUCCCAUCAGGAUGGUCAGAUUGAGGUGGGACACUUAAUUGAACAUCUCCUGAUCUCCAAUGCAGCAGAAAAUACCAAAGUCUACACUUUCCUUUUCCCAACUAAUGGAAAUCGCAUUAUCCGAUGGUUGGACAGAACCUCAGUAAAAGACAGCUCUCUCCUAAAAAGCUUACAUUACGAGUCCCAAAUCAAAGGGUGAAUAAAUAAAGGAUAUUGCUCUCUGCAAGCGGCUUUUGCUGAUUCAAAAAAAAAAGUUACAUUUUGAUGAUUUGAAAUAAAAUAGUAUGAACCCAUUUCAAAGCAGUGUUUUGCUGUAUCAUUAAAUGGUUCUGUAAUUUCUAUUUUGGCCUUAAGUGCACAUUAUAAUUAAAAAGCUCAUUAAAAAUUUUUACUGUAAAAAUAUUUUAUUAUACGAAACGGGGCAUCGAGUGAAGAUUAUUUGUAUAUUGUGGACUAUAUUGUGAACACGUCAAGCAAAUUGGAGAUGCACUUAUGCCUGUAUGGACUCAAUUGAUGGGCAAAUUUCGCAUAACCCACUUGUACCUACCUCUAUAGACACCACUAAGGCAUCAUCCUUAUAAAUACUUCACACUAAUACCACCAAUGUGGAGAAAUGCACUUCAUUUAAAUCAAUAAUUUGUAGUGCACUAUGUGGUCCUUGUAAUGAAUGACAAUCAGUUUCAGGUUCAUUCGCGGUUUUAACCCUUUCUGGAUAAGUAACAUUUAUUAUACAUACAGUACUCUCAAAUGAUCUCGUAUGUUGAAGUUUUCUAUUAUUGAUUGAUUUAGUUGGUUCGUGGGCUUGUUGUGUAAUGUUUAGAGCUCAUGUAUCAUCCUUAAAGAGCUCAUUUAUAAAGCGUAAAAGAGAAGUCUGAUGUUCAGUUUAAGCUGUUAAAUAGGAUAUAACAUGUUAAACCGGUCUGAUUAUGUAAAUCAGUGUCUUUUUUUGUAUGUAAUGAACUGAAUUCACUGCAGGUAACGGGUAGAUCACAUCACUUCCGUCAGACUGACAAUACUGAGCUUUACAGUUUAAGUGUUUAUGCAAUUAUACUAAACAUUUCAACAUAUUUUCGAAAGAAAAAUAUUCAUUUGCAUGCUAAAUGCAAUUUUAUAUGCAGUUUUUAUAUAGGUUCAAAAUUGCAAUAUUUAUUAAAGGUGCAGUGUGUAAUUUUUUGAAGGAUCUCUUGACAGAAAUGCAAAAUUAUAUACAAAACUAUAUUAUCAGGGGUGUAUAAAGACCUUUUUAUAAUGAAACGUUAUGUAUUUAUUACCUUAGAAUGAGACCUUUUUCUACAUACACGAGGGUCCCCUUACAUGGAAGUCGCCAUUUUGUACCGCCAUUUUUCUACAGAAGCCCUUACCAGACAAUUUGUUGUGUCCUACGAUGACAUGUUUGUCCGGUGGCAGCUACCGUAGCUUCUCUAUGUGUUUCAAAAGCGAGGGGUGAGCAGUGGACUAAGCCGUUGGUUGCAAUUCGCAACCUCACCACUAGAUGCCGCUAAAAUUUACACACUGCACCUUUAUUAAAGGUAUAGUUUGCGCAAAAAUGAAAAUUCUGCUAUUGUUGUUACAAACCUGUAUACAUUUAUUUGUACUUUUUAUCUGAUGAAGAUAUUUUAAGGAAUUUUUAAAUCCAAACCAAUCACUUGGUUUGGGCCCCAUUCACUUCCAUUGUAUUCUUUAUUCCUACUAUAAAAGUCAAUGGGGCCCAUGAUCAGUUCAAAAUAUCUUCCUUUGUGGGCAUCAGAACAAAGAAAUUUAUACAGGUUUGUAACAACAUGAGAGUAAGUAAAUGAUGACAGAAUUUUCAUUUUUUGGGUGAACUAUCCCUUUAAUGCAACUGUCAUUUCUGCCAAUAUGAAAAACGUGCUGUUUGACUUUGGCGCUGUUGCCAACAUGGCAAUUCACUGAGUUUGCAAAUAUGUCUAUAUGUAAUUAUCUUUCACUCUUUUAUUCAACACACAUUAAAGAUGGUCUUUAUAUUAGUAGAAAUAAGAUGUAAUUGUUCAUUUAUUGUUUUUAACUCAAUAUACAUAUAUAUUUUUAUUUGCCUACAAUUUGUACAUUUUUGCUACUUUUAUCAAAUCAUGACUUGUAUUUCUUGUAUGUACAUUUAUAUUGAGAUUAAAAGCAACAAUACAUUGAUUUGCAUUGGUGUGCAGAUACUAACUUCAAAUAAAUAAAUAAAUAAAUGAGCUCCUUUACAUCCACUAGGAUGUGCUGCACCUUCACAAAUGCUUUAAACCUAAAACUAAAUGAUAAACUUCAUCUUGAAAGAAAUGAAAGCAUUACCUAAAAUGUAAUUAUCGUAUAGUUUUCAUUUUACUAAAAAAGCUUUUGAAUGAACUUUUGACUUUUUCUACAA